UAUAUAUAUAUAGAUCUAUAAUAGUACUUUUCUCAAAAGAAUAUCAUAAUUUUCUAGUCUUGAAUGUUCUAAACACUCAGAAUAAUAAGGAUAUUUUGACACAGCAGUGCAGCUGUGACGGAUCUAUUUUCGUAAAAUAAGAAAUGACCCGUCAUCGAAAAAAUGAAAGGUAGACGAUUAAAGAACCGACUGAGGCAGAUACAAUAGGAUAUCCACCAGCAGUGUUACAGUUACAGAACCACACCCGUGUUUUUGUCAUCUAUAUAAUAUAUUAUUCGACAGCGAAGGGAAAUACUUUCAAGCGAUGAUACGAUCUAUCGCAAUGCACAAUUUUGUGCAUUUUCAUGAAGAACAGAGACUCGUUUUUGAAGAAGGUGCAAAUUUUGUGAUUGGAGGCAAUUCGACUGGAAAAACAGCUUUAUUUGAGUUAAUUCGCCGAUGCUAUUCAAACAAAAUAAAUACAACAACAUCCUCUGUAUUAAACAAAAAUGAACUGGCAUAUGCUCUUUGUCAUUUCAUGAUACCAGAGCACUAUCCUUCAAUAGAAAAACUGGAGCUCUUUCCUUCCAAAGAAGAACAACCGAAGGAGAUUCUUGCAUGCAUUUUCAUCAAGAGUCAAGGAAGUCAGUCCGAAAAUAGAGCAAAUGCUCAGGCAAAUGAAUAUGAGUGUUAUAAGGUUAUCUGUUCAAUAUCUGGUAAAGGUUUUAUUCAGACCUUUGUACAAAAAUUUAUUGGAUCCUAUGGGUGCUAUACAAAACAACUCGACAAUAACACCAAAGGCUGCAAACGAAUAUCACUGGACAAAUCUGUCAUAGAAGAAGUAAAGCUUGUUGGCACCAAAACUAUUAUACACGAUUUUUAUAAAAUCAUUACGAACGACUUUGAAACUACUGCUACCAGUUCAUCUGAUGAAGUCGUGACAAGCAUGAAUGGACUUUAUGCUUGGCUAGAAAAAGGCUAUGUUGGUAUAUUGCCAAUGCGAUCAAUCGGUCCUCUGCAGUGGACCAAAAGUGAGUUGAACCAACAUGAAAGCAGAGACGAAAACUAUGAAAAUGCUGAUCGUCGCGCAGAAAUUUUAUUAAAUCUCCUGGAUAACGAGUUAGUUGAUAAAAAACAAGAGAAGGUCUUUCAUGAUCAAAUCGUACAUCCCUAUGAAUUUAUGAAACUUAAUGGAAAAAUUGAAGUGCGCAACACUGAAAGAAAAGACCUGUCACCAAAGCGACUUUUGAAAACACCAGAAGGUAUACUUGAAGCAAAGCAGUUAACACUUAUUCUUUCACACAAAGAAUUUUCAACAGUUACUAUUGAGGAACCAGAUCGAGGUAUGCAUCCGCACAUGAUCAAGAAAAUGCGUGAUUUAAUUCUCAGGCGUAUAACUGGAAAAACCGUUCUAAUAAUUACCCACAAUCCUUCGUUGAUCGAUAAAUGGGCCAUGUCAAGAACAUUUGUAUCAUCAAAAUCAAUUCUGAAUGAAACCAUCUGUCAUUCUAUCUGUAAAGUACCACAAGGUUACGACAAACUGUGUAAAACCGAACAAAUCCAUGAAAUGACUAAUCUCCUUUUUUCUUCCAGAAUUCUUUUCGUUGAAGGUAAAACUGACAAAAUAGUAGAAGAGGCUAUAUUUUGUUUGCUAAUUCACGAUGACAAAAUUUCUGGAGACAAAAGGAUUUCGAUGAAACAAAAACAUUUUCUUCUUGCAACUGAUAUUCGUGAAUCGUCAGGUUCGGGUAACGGACGCAAAAAGAAAGAAUUCUGCAAAAAGAUGAAAAAAGAAAUAUACAUUUUGUUUGAUAACGACGUCAAAGGGGGUACAUGUUUGGCUAAUGAAGAUGAAGAUGAAAGCAAAGGCGAAUGUACUUUUUAUUGGAAAAAUUGUGAUCUUGAACAAAGAUUUAUUGAUAUUCUUGAUAACUGUCAGGAACGUUCGGUAAUCAAUGCAGUAAUUAAAAUAAUUCGUAUAGAUUUACAGGAAGGAGACGAGAAGUAUAAUAUUAUAGACAACUAUUUACAAUAUCGAAAACAAAUAAAAGAUUUGGAAGAAAAAAGUUCAGCCAUUACAUGUAAAAGCCUAGGAGAAAAAUGUAAUACCAGUUCUUCAGUAGAAAUAAAAAAAAUAAAUAAAGAUAAGAACGAAGUACAGAAAAAGAUUAAACACUCAAAAGAUGUCAUAAAGAAUCGAUUGAAGAAGAAAAUUCCUGAUGCCGAUUCUGAGGAUAUCGAAAUAAUUGCAAAUGAAAUGAUACACAAGUCUAAAGAGGUUGAAGAAUUCAUUGCCUUUUUAUAAGGAAAAACAAGUAAGAAAGGUGCAAAAAGAAAACUCAGCGAAACAGAAAUUCCUGAGUUUGAUGCAUCUUCCGUGCAAUCUUCGCAGAAAAUUGACAUUGAAGAACAGAAUCCAUCAGGAAGUUCUUCGACCAAUGAUGCUACAGGCAUUCAUACAGGCCAGACACAAGAAUUCAACACCAUGAGUAUAGAUUAAACAAUUCAUCUCUUUUUAUGGGGUAGUUUUUCAUCAGAAUUUAUAAUGAAUAAGGUUUAAUCAUUUUUUGUCAUGCCUGUGACGAAAGUCGCUAUAGCGAGAUUUAGGAGUACUGUUCCCGGCAAUGGCGGCAUCGGCAAUAUGAACAGUUAAUAAUAAUGUUGUUUAUAAAGUCACACAGGCGUUAACGUUAUUAUAACACCUGUGCCCUGAUAAUAGUAUCAUACAUUUUCAUAUGAAUAAAACAAGUAAAUAAACUCAUCAUAGAUAUCAGGAAUAACAUUUUUUAAGCCAAACGCGCGUUUUGUCUACAAAAGACUCAUCAGUGACACUGAAAUCAAAACAGUUUAAAAGGCCAAAUAAAGUACAAGUUGAAGAGCAUUGAGAACUCAAAAUUUCGAGUUUGUUUUUGAAUCGAGCGUCACUGAUGAGUUUAUUUUGUUUUUGCAAUAUUGAAGUUAUUAAUAUUCACAUGAUAAGAUUUACGGUACCAAUUCUAAUGCACCAGUAAACAUGAACGAAUUUUGUUUCAAAUUUAAUUCAACUAUUACUCUGUAGAAAUUAUAUUUCCUUUCUAGCUAAUAAAUGUCCUUCUGUGCAGUUGUAACUCAUUUAUUAGAAAUUCUUUGUUUUGAACUAUGUAAGUAGGCCUAAACAAUAGGAUAAUCCCUUACUAAGAAAAUGAUUUACAUUCAUUUUUUUCACAAUUAUGAAACAUCAUAUCCUACAAUUUCAUAAGACAAAAUCACUUUGCUAUAUUCUAAACUAAUUUUUGAUUUAAAUAAACAAUUUCUAUUG